GGGGCAGGGGCCGGGCCACGCCUGGCUGUUUGGAGAGGCACAGCCUCCCUUAACCAGCCCUCCAUACAAUUUCGGAAACCCGAUGUGGCCCUCAGGCAGGGGUGAAAGUAAGUUACAGGACUUACCGGUCCUGCUGGAGUCCUGCAGGGGGUGUGGCCUCAACUGGAAGAGGCGGGGCCUCUCAAGAUUUAAAGGCCCUGGGGCAGCGGCUGUGGCUGGGAGCCCCAGGGCCUUUAAAUCAACCCGGAGCUCACAGCUGCAGAGGUGGCUGGGAGCCCCCGGGGCUCACAGGCAAAUUAAAGGGCCCGGGGCUCCGGCCACUGUGGAGCUUCAGGCCCCUCAAAUUCUCACCGCAGCUCCAGCUUGGAUUUAAAGGCAGCUGUGGGAGCCCCAAGCCUUGCCGGGCUGGGGCUGGGAUUUAAAGGGCCUGGAGCUCCUGCGGAUGUGGGGAGCUCCGAGCCCUUUAAAUCCCGGCCCCAGCCCAGCCCCCGGAGCUGUGAGCGGGAUUUAAAGGGCUCUGGGCUCUCCAUGGUGACAGGGAGCUGCUGCGGGGAGCCCAGAGCCCUUUUAAUCCUGGCUGUGGAAGCUGGUGUGGUCCGGCACAGCAUACUGGCUCUUGCCGGUACUCCGUACCAGACCGUACCAGCUUACUUUCACCUCUGCCCUCAGGCCAAAAAGUUUGCCCACCCCUGACCUAGGGCUUUGGCUCCAGUGGGAGAGGCUGCACCUGUUGCUCUGAUGGUCCCUGGGUCAAAGCCCCUUGUCAGGUCUGCAGCUGUGUGGAACCAAGAGGGGCCAGCCCUGGGCUCAGUAGGGAAGGAUGAGGUGAUGGUGUUUUCCUUCCCAGCUCCUUCCCCAGACCAGCAGUCAGGAGGAGGCGACUUGGACUGCGUGAGCAGGAGGACGGGAAUGACAAAAAGCAGGAGCACGUGAGCUGGAGGCUGAGUGACUGAGCUUGUGGGUGGGAGUGGAGGAUGCCCAGAUGACCACAGUCCCCAUCUACCUGCAAGUCAAUCCUCAUAUGACUGUGGCUUCUCUGAAGGACAUGGUAUUCCUCCACUACGGCUUCCCACCCAGCGUUCAGCAGUGGGUGGUGGGCAAGAGGCUCCCCGGAGACCAGGAGACCCUGCACUACAACGGCAUCCAGCGAGAUGGUGACAUGGCCUAUCUCUACCUCCGGUCUGCCAAAGAGGCCAAGCUCAGCAAAGAGACAUUCCAGAGGGAGCAGCAGCGCCGAGUCCUGGCAGAACUGGGCUUCGGAGACAUUAGCCUGCAGCCUCGUGGGAGCCAGGAAUCGGCGGACACAGGGCUCGGAGGGGCGCAGGACAGCCUGUGCAUGGAGGAGCUGAGGCAUGAGCUCUCACAGGUGGAAGCUGCCCUGCCCCCUGAACCCCCCAAGGUCGGCUGGGUCUGUCCGAGCUGCACCUAUGUCAACAAGCCCACCCGCCCCGGCUGCGAGAUCUGCUGCAAGGAGCGGCCUGAGGACUACGCGGUGCCUGCGGCUUACCAGCCGGACGAGGAGGAGCUGGCGAGGAUGAGGAAUGAGGAGGAAGCCAUGUGGCAGUACCAACAGGUGAGAGAGCAGCAGAAGAUUGAGAACUACCAGCACCUCCUGCAGGUGGAUGGGCAGAGCCUGGUGCCUGCCGAUGAAGUGAUUGAAUGUCCCAUCUGCUUUGUGACCCUGCAGCCUGGAGAGGGGGUGACCCUCCGGGAGUGCCUGCACUCCUUCUGUAGGGACUGUCUGAAGGGGACGAUACUGAACAGCCCGGAGCCCGAGGUGCCCUGCCCGUACAUCGACGAGAAGUACUCCUGCACAGGACAGCUGCUGGAGCGUGAGAUCAGAGCGCUCCUGAGCUCUGCCGAAUACCAGCACUUCCUGGACCUGGGCGUCUCCAUCGCUGAGAACCGCAGCCGGUCCAGCUACCACUGCAAGACCAUGGAUUGCCGGGGCUGGUGCAUCUUCGAGGAUGACGUGAACGAGUUUGCCUGCCCGGUGUGCCAGAAGGUGAACUGCCUGCUCUGCAAGGCCAUUCACGAGAACAUGAACUGCAAGGAAUAUCAGGACGACCUCAAGCACCGGGCUGAGAACGACCAGGCUGCCAGGCAGACCACCGAGAUGCUGACGACAAUGGUCCAGAGAGGGGAGGCCAUGUACUGUCCCACCUGUAAGAUCAUUGUCCAGAAGAAGGACGGCUGUGACUGGAUCCGCUGCACUGUCUGUCACACGGAGAUCUGCUGGGUGACCAAGGGGCCGCGCUGGGGGCCAGCGGUAGGUUUGGAGCAUGAACCAGCGUUCGACCUGGGGAAUCCUGCCGUUCUGCGGAGUCGCUUGCCCCAGAAUUUAAAAAAACCUGCCCAACACAAGCUCCUGUGGCUCUGCCUUCUCCAGUCUGCAACCAGCCCACCCCACAUGCUCAGAGAGGCAUGAACCACUGGACGCAGCAGGGCUGUUCACUCUGAAGCCUAACUGUGACCAUUUAAAUGACUAACUGCUGCUGCACACAGCUGGCCCCCAGGAUGCUAGAGUGGCUGGCGGGUGCAGGAGCCAUGGCUCACAGCUCAGCUGGCUGCAGGAGUGGGGAGUUGCAUCCAGUGCUCCUCCCAUUACGUUUUCCUUCCUCUCCCACCUCACAAAGGGAAGGGAAAUGUGAUUCCCUGCUCCCCACCUCCAGUGCCAAGAGCCUUGCCUGCCUCCAGCCUGCCCAAAACUCAGCCCUGCCAGCAGCCUAGCAUGCAUGCAUACCUCGCUCCCAGUCCCACGUCCUGACUGCCUCUUACCCCUCCCUCCAUCGCCUGCGUGUGCAUCAUCUCUCCUCUGCUCUCCUCUCCCCAGGGCCCGGGCGAUACCAGCGGUGGCUGCCGCUGCAGACUGAACGGCGUUGCUUGCCAUCCCCACUGUCAGAACUGCCACUGAGCACACGACCC